AUGACACUGCAACUUGACCAAACCGAAUUCAUACGGGCCCCUGCCAAGUGGUGCGGCGGAAAUGACACUCAGGGGACAUUCAACAUCAGCAGCACACUUCGGACUUGCUUUCCCGAAAUUGUCAUUUCUGACAAUCUGACUGUCAAGAAAUCGCUGCGACUGAUGCGAGACACACUCGCAUUGUCAGGGAUUAGGUAUGCAAUGACCUUCGGUUCCUUCUUGGGCUCCCUGCGGUAUCACGGCAGAAUGCCCUUCGAUUGUGACUUCGACUUGCUAGUUCAUUGGAAGGACCACAAACGUGCCCUUCAAGCACUCCUCCAAUUGGCAUCAGAUCCCACGAGCCAAAUGCGGGUCAUCGAUUUGACACCGGCAGGUGCAAACGCGAAGGUGGGACUUGCCUGUGGCCGCAGCACAUUAUGGAUGAAUCCCGACAACUGGACGGAGUUUGGAUCGAGUGUCACUUUUGACAACGGCAUUCCAACAGGUUACAGCUGGAAGCCCUUCCUCAAAAUGACCAAGUCAUGUGAGAUCUACGUGGACAUUUACGCAAAUGCACAUGACUACUUUGUUCUUGGCAGAUCCUCCGAGCCUCAGCCUAUCUAUCGACCGUUGGAAGGAACGCUUUUCCGUAUAUUUGAGGGUGCACGUGGAUUUCUUGAGGACCACUAUGGUGUGAGCCUUGACAUGUGCAUGCCGAAGACCCCACUAAUGGUACGUGGUCAAUUUAAACACUUGCCACGCAACUGCCCCCAGUUGAUGGUGGCAUGCACCACUUUGGAUGCAUUAUAUCCAAGAGUGUUUAAGUUCGAAGUUGCAAAUCCUCCUGCCCUAUAUGAGGUUGGCUUGAAACUGGACAAGGAAGGAAAAUGUUGGAUCCACUCGGUUUUUCUUAUUCGCUCUUAG